CCCCCGCUGCCAUUGACGGCCUCACCUCUGUACUGUCGCUCUACCCGCCCCUCUCGCCCAUGGAUCCGCCGGCGUCAACCUCUCCCUGACACAAUGCGCGGCUUCUCAUGUCCCUUUUCGGCACCCUCGACAGGUCGACCAGAAGCCCGGUUGUCGCUGCUAUAGGGCCCCGAUCUCUGCUGGCCCUGCUCUGUCCCGCACUGCGUUCUCCAGCUCCAUCAUCUCGCCCUCGCCGACGAGCUAUACACUCCACACGCGCCGUCGUCCUCCCAUCCCCCACCCAGAUGGACAACCUCUUCAUCCGGGCAUUGGUGCAGGCCGGAUCAUGUCCCCAGCACGCGCGACACCCUACGACGUGUCGAGAACCCUCGCCUUUUAUAUCCUCCCAUCACAAGACGCGCCGGAAAAGCUCCUAUGUGCGCCUUCAGACUCGACCCCUCUCCACCUCCACACCCGCCCGCAACAUCCUCCGCCACGCCGUCGACGUGACGAGGGAGGAGCUCAAAUCCCUCGUUGACUUCUACAACUUCGAAAUCAAUCCAGAUGAGGUAGAUGAGGGUGCCAUCCGGACGCGAGAGACGUUGGAAGAUGGGAGACCGCACAGGCCCUGGAAGCUCGAAAGCGACGAAGAUGCUAUGACGAAGGCUGCAUUGGAACAGCUAUUGAAGAACGAUGAGAGCUCACACAGCAAGAUCUACGCCGUUUACCAGCUCCUGCCCUACCCUCGAAUACCCUUCCUCUCCCUCAAAACCAUCCGCCGUCUCCUCCACAUCCUCUCCGUUGUCGAACGCCACGACCAACCCUCCAUGCAACGCUACCUCUCCAUCCUCGACGAUAUGAAGAUUGCCAACAUACCCGUCCUGCGUUCCGAAUGGACUAGUGCAAUGGCCUUCGCCGGCCGCGGCGUGCGCUCCGGGCCCAUCACAGAAGCCGAGGUCCAGUCCAUGUUAUAUAUCUGGAAGGAAAUGGAGUCAGACGCUGGCGUACAAGGGACCAAUGUAACUUUCAAUGUCCUCUUCGACAUCGCCUUCAAAGCCGGAAAAUACGACCUCGCCCAAGCCUUCCUCAAAGAAAUCGCAAAGCGCAACCUCCGCGUCUCCCGCUACCUCCGCACCAGCUUGAUCCACUACAAUGGGGUUCGCCAAAACGGCCCUGGUGUGCGCAAAGCCUAUGCUGACCUCGUGGAAGCCGGCGAAAUUGUCGACAUCGUCGUCCUCAACUCUGUCGUCAACGCCCUCUUCCGCGCUCGCGAGCCCUCAGCUGCUGAAGCCGUUUUCCUCCGCAUGAAAGCUAUGCACACCGCCAAAACAGGUACCACACUCCCUCCCUACCAUUGGCGAGAUGUUCGAAAAGCCGGCUUGGCGAUGGACGCCGAAACCCGCCGUCUCGAGGCUGCCCUCCGCGUAGCAGAAGCCGAUAAAGAUCGCAUGCAAGAGCUCGCCAGCCACCGUCAAGCCCUCCAAAAUGCAGCCUCAAUUGCUCCGAAUACGACGACAUACGCUCUCGUCAUCCGCUACCACGCACAAACCGCUGGGAAUAUCGAUCGCGUGGCCGAGCUCAUCGGCGAGAUGCAAGAAGAGAACAUCCCGCUCGAUGGGAAUGUCUUUCUCUCCAUAAUUCGCGGCUUCUCCGAGUUCGGCGGCGUGCGCUACUCUAGCUGGACGGCGGACAGACUAGAGAUGUUUUAUGAAGAUUUCGUCGCGGGCGUGGAUCGCGGGGAGCAGAAUUACUACCUCGGGAGCUCGUCUGUCGUGCUGAUCUUGAAAGCAUUUGCGAAGACGGCGCCUGGGCGGACACUGGUGGUGUGGGAGGAGUUAAAGCGGAGGUGGGGGCCGGAUGAGGGGGAGGUCGAUACGACUUGGAGGCUGCUGAGAAGACUCGUGCCUACGGAGGUGGAGGAGAGCAUGAAGGCGGCGAAGAAGGAGCAUGCGGGCGAUGAGGGUGGUGAUCCGUCGGACUGGGACUGAAUGUAAGAUCUAUGACACUCUGGCUAUACGGUCGGUAUAUAUGUUGUACAUUUACGCAAGAU